GAGAUUAAUCUCUAAGUCUCAUCUACUCACCUUUGAUCUUUCUAUUGUCCCCCAAUGUCGAUUUUUGAAUAUAAUGGCAGUGCGCUUGUAGCAAUGGUAGGAAAGAAUUGCUUUGCUAUUGCCAGUGAUCGGCGACUAGGUGUGCAGCUUCAGACCAUUGCAACCGAUUUCCCCAGGAUUUACAAGAUUCACGAAAAACUUUAUAUCGGACUCGCUGGGCUUGCCACAGAUGCCCAAACUCUGUAUCAGCGACUUGUCUUCCGUCACAAACUAUAUCAUCUCAGAGAAGAGAGGGAUAUGAAGCCGGAGACUUUUUCCAGUCUUGUUUCUGCUAUUCUAUAUGAGAAAAGAUUUGGGCCAUAUUUCGUCCAACCUGUGAUUGCUGGAUUGGGAGACGAUGACAAGCCUUUCAUCUGCACAAUGGAUUCACUUGGUGCAAAGGAGCUGGCCAAAGAUUUUGUUGUUGCUGGUACUGCGUCAGAGUCCCUCUAUGGUGCCUGUGAGUCGAUGUACAAGCCUGAUAUGGAAGCGGAAGAACUAUUUGAGACUAUUUCUCAGGCACUGCUUGCCUCUGUGGAUCGGGACUGUUUGAGUGGAUGGGGUGGACACGUCUUUGUUGUUACUCCGACGGAAGUUAUAGAGAGGACCCUGAAGGGAAGAAUGGACUGAUUGGGAUCUAAAAUGGACAGAAAUAGUAAACCUCAUCAAGUUGGGCUUUGGAUUCAGCCAUCCAAGUUGUGUUAUUUAGGUAUGAAUGUUGGUGAGGCCAUUCGAGCUGUUGAGAUUCUCUUUGACAAUUGACCUUGUUAUAAGCAAAGCUGGGCAUCAGACUUUAAAUCUGUAGUUUCAUCUGUCGAAGAAAACUGUUACAAAUUUAUUUUCAGAUGGCCAAAGCAGAAUUGUUUCUUUA